AUGGCAGUUUCGAUGUCUUUUAAUCAGCACUCAAAUGAAAACGUAACAUUACCAAAUACCAAGGUAGGCCAAAGAAAAAACUUCAAAACAACUGCCCAACGGCACGGCCACCUACCAAAAUUCGUCCUCUUCCAUCGGACCUUGAAUUUUAACCCAUCCUCAAUCCAAUAUCGAAUCAAGAUGAUUAUCGAAAUCGUGGUGCAGGUGCUCUACGGAACGGCGCUUCUGACUGCAAUCAUGGCGGCUCCUUUGGCCACGCUGGAGCUGGACGUGGCCGUGGUGGAAAGUGAGCAGCACGCCGCCAAAGUCCACUAUUCGAGAGCUUUGAUCUACGCGACCGUGUCACUCGUGCUGACCACCAUGGCAUUGAUGCCCUACCUGGUGACAUCGGCGCGCUGGCGAAAGCAGAAUUCGAGGAAGAUUUUCGUGGCAAUGGUUCCCUGGAUGCUGGUGUGCUGCAUUCAGUUUCUGACAAACGCGGUGCUGCAGCUCAAGGAGAUCUUCAAUGAGGCGGGCGGGGGACGCCAAAGGGGCUUGGUCUACGCCCUGGUCUUCUACUGUGCCAUUUUUGGCUUGGCCCUGGAGCAGAUGCUCCACUGGAACGUCGUUUACGAUUUGAUGACCGACGGGGUAAUAACAAGCAUCUUCCACCACGAGCUGCCGUUAAUGGUAUCCUAA